AAAAAAAGAAAAAAAAAAGAAAAGCAUAGCAACGGUCACAAUAUCGGCAGCAAAACCGACACAACCCUCCCCAAAACGCUGCCCACCCAACCGGUACCGGGGGGUCGGCGCGGUGUGCCAACCGGUACCGGCCCGAUCCAUUAGUACAAGCAUAUGAUGGGGCGAGUUAAGACACGAAUGGAAUUCAUAACAUCAGACAAGAAGCGUAAAUCAGUUUUUGAGACAAGGAGUAACUGCAUCAAGAAAAAGGCCAAAGAGUUGUCAACCCUUUGUGCAAUUAAUGUGGGCUUAAUUGUUACAGAUCCGACGACAUCAUCAUCAUCAUCAUCAUCAUCAUCAUCAUCAGAUACAAAUAUAAAAACUUAUGCUUGGCCCAACAACAAUGGUGACCGAAUCCUACUCGAUGAUAUGAUCACAAGAUAUAAAAAUCAAGGUUCGGUUAAGAGGAAAAGAACCAAUGUUGAAGGAUUUUUGGGUAAUGAUGAAACUCAAGUAUACCCAACACCAAAACUGGAUUUGAAGUAUGAAGAAAUGUCUGAACAAGAACUGCGCAAAUUAGCUACUUUCUUGCAACACAAGGUUGAAAAGGUGAAAGAGAGAAUUCAAUAUAUUAGACCACAACUGGUCGAUUUUAAUUCUGAUGAUGAUGCAGACUUGACGUAUCUGCUGGGGCAAAUUUUGGACAACCCCAUGACUCCAACUAUUGAUGAUCUUCCACCCUUACAUGACACCAAUAUAGAUUUUGAUAUCCCAUGGUCUAAGGAUUUGCCAUUACUUGUGGAUCCCACAACGAACUCCUCUUCUGCUGAUAUAAGUUAUUCUAUCAAUCUGCAAUCAGGACAUCAAUUGAUUGAGACAACUCCAGAUUUUCAACCCGCGAUAACACAAUAUCCCUAUGAACUUGAAAGUUUCAGUUAUUAUUUGAACAAACCGCCGCCUCAGUACUUUGAUGCGCCUAUUUUCUGUCAACCAACGGAUCCACAAACCAACACCUCGAGUUUAUCGCACCUAAACUCCAACAGCAGUGUAUGGAGUAUGCCAUUGCUCUCAUAGCGGCUGUUCUGUUUAGUGAACUCUUAUUCUUAUAGUUUUGUUCGAAUCAGGUACUAUAUCGAUUAAAUGUAUCAAUAUUAUGUUUAUAGUCCAUUUAUA